UUAAGUGGAUCGUAUCCUUUUUGAAAGAAUAACACGUGUUUGAAUAGUAUGUAAUUUGUUGAUGCUGCAUUCGCGAAAAUUUUAAGAAAUGCCAGCUCAAGUAAAAAACGGAGUGCUUACAUAUGAAGGCAAUAAUUGCCUGAGAUACCGUUUAUUGUUGUCAACUUUAUCUGGAAAGCCAGUAAGAAUUACAGACAUUAGAACAAAAGAUAAUGAUCCUGGUCUCAGAGAGUAUGAAAUUAGUUUCAUCCGUUUGCUGGAUAAGGUCACCAACGGUACAAGAAUUGAGCUAAAUGAAAGUGGCACCAGUUUAUAUUACAGUCCCGGCUUAUUAUAUGGCGGUGAAUUAGACCAUGACUGCAGUUUGCAAAGGAGUAUUGGAUAUUACUUAGAAGGAAUUAUGAUACUAGCUCCAUUUUGUAAGAUACCUAUCGACCUGAAGCUUAGGGGAAUAACCAAUAAUUCUGCAGAUCCAUCAGUGGAUAGAAUUUUGACUGCUGGUAUACCAAUACUGAAGAAAUUUUUAGCAGGUGACAAUGAAGUCGUACUCAAUAUUCGCAAAAGAGGAGCAGCACCUUUGGGAGGUGGAGAAAUACACUUUAAAUGUCCCAUCAGUCGUAAUCUUAAAACAAUACAGCUAGAAGACAGCGGGAUGGUGAAACGUGUUAGAGGUACUGCGUGCAGCAUAAGAGUAUCUCCGGCAAUUGCUAAUCGUAUUGUUGAAUCAGCGAAAGGUGUUCUCCUCAACUUUCUACCGGAUAUUUAUAUUCAUACAGAUCACUGCAAAGGAUCAGCCAGUGGAAAGUCUCCGGGUUUUGGAGUCACUCUGACAGCAGAAACUACUAAAGAAGUAUUCUUCAGCGGGCAAGCAUUUUCGCCGUUAAUGACGACGGGUUCAUUGCCAUGUGUGCCUGAAGAUAUUGGCAAAGAAGCCGCGAUGAAACUUUUGGAUGAAAUCUAUAGGAAUGGAUGUGUCGACUCUCCUUUCCAAAGUAUGACUGCGGCGUUUAUGGCUCUUGGUAAAAAGGACAUUUCCAAAGUUACAGUAGGUCCAUUAACUCCAAUAACGAUACAAUUUUUACGAGACCUGCGAGACUUCUUUGGAAUUGUUUUUAAAAUAGAACCAGUUAAAGAAGAAGACGAAGUGCUACCGCAGGUGCGUUUAACUUGUUUAGGCAUAGGUUACACCAAUAUAAGUAAACGAACUUUGUAAUAUAAUAAAAUUAUAUAAAAUAUAUUUU